AUGGUGACCGUUAAAGCAGGGACCAGACCGCCAUGGGUGGGAUUGGGAGCAGCAGUUUGGGUCCAAAUAGCAGCAGGCAAUGCCUACACUUUUCCACUUUACUCUCACUCGCUGAAAUCGGUUCUGGGUUUCAACCAGCAACAGCUGACCAUGCUUGGUGUGGCCAAUGACAUAGGCGAAAAUGUUGGUCUCAUUCCAGGUAUUGCAUCCAACAAGCUCCCGCCUUGGUUCAUUCUUCUGAUUGGUGCUCUCGCUUGCUUCUCUGGUUAUGGUGUCCUCUGGCUUGUUGUCAGCCGCACACUUGACCCUCUGCCCUACUGGUUGUUAUGGAUUGCCCUUUGUGUUGCCACUAAUAGUAAUGCUUGGUUUACCACGGCUGUGCUUGUAACCAAUAUGAGAAACUUCCCUCUUAGUCGUGGCAUGGUUGCUGGUAUUCUAAAAGGUUAUGGGGGUCUCAGCGCAGCUGUAUUUACAGAAAUUUACAGCGUUCUGCUUCGUAAUUCAUCUUCUAAGCUUCUACUCUUCCUUGUACUUGGGAUUCCAAUUCUAUGUUUCAUCAUGAUGUAUUUAGUUAGGCCUUGUACUCCAGCUUCUAGUGAAGACCCUGCAGAGCGUGGCCACUUUCUUUUCAUCCAAGUUGCAAGCGUUGUGCUUGGGUUAUAUGUUCUCACAACUACGGUAUUGGAUGAUGUCCUUACCUUAAGUGCUACAGUUACCAACACUUUUGUUGUCAUAAUGGUUCUGCUUCUCAUGGCCCCACUUGCAAUUCCUGUAAAAAUGACAUUGUAUCCCACCAGAGCCAGCAAAUCAGGGACGCUUGGUCAAACAGUUGGGUCUUCUGAUAGUUUGAACCAUGCGGAAGGCUUGGAUAAUGGAGUAGGCAAUGCAGACAAAACAGAACCACUGCUGAAACCAUCUCCAUCAACAACAAGCCUGGCAAGUGAAGGUGAUGAUUCAUCUGAUGUAGCUAUGCUUCUUGCAGAGGGUGAGGGGGCAGUGAAGAGAAAGAGAAGGCCCAAAAGAGGGGAGGAUUUCAAGUUUAGUGAAGCUGUGGUCAAGGCUGACUUCUGGCUCCUAUUCGUGGUUUAUUUUGUAGGGGUUGGUUCUGGGGUAACUGUUCUCAAUAAUCUAGCCCAAAUAGGGAUUGCACAAGGAUUUCGUGAUACCACAAUCUUGCUGUCUCUCUUCAGCUUUGGCAAUUUUGUGGGACGUCUUGGUGGAGGAGUUGUUUCUGAACAUUUUGUCAGGUCAAAAACAAUCCCUCGGACAGUUUGGAUGACAUGCAGUCAAAUUAUAAUGAUCGGUACAUAUCUGCUGUUUGCUUCUGCCAUUAGUGGAACCCUUUAUGCUGCAACUGCAUUACUUGGAAUCUGCUAUGGAGUCCAAUUUUCUAUCAUGAUCCCAACAGUCUCGGAACUCUUUGGAUUGAGGCAUUUUGGCAUAUUCUACAAUUUCAUGUCAUUAGGGAAUCCUCUAGGCGCAUUUCUUUUUUCAGGUCUCCUAGCAGGGUACGUAUAUGAUAAUGAAGCAGCGAAGCAGCACGGGAGUAAUAUCUAUGGGACAAAUGUCUCCUGCUUGGGUCCAAAUUGCUUUAGGCUGACCUUCCUUGUUCUGGCAGCUGUCUGUGGCGUGGGUACCAUCUUGAGCAUUAUUCUGUCUAUAAGGAUAAAGCCUGUUUACCAAAUGCUUUAUGCUGGGGGUUCCUUCAGGGUGCCGCAAAGUACAAACCAUUAA